AUGUUAAGGACCAUAUUCACGAAUAUAUUGCUAAAUACACAAAAUGUCACACCUGGACACGGUAGUAAGACACCCUACCUAGUCACACCUGUACACGGUAGUGAGACACCCUACCUAGUCACACCUGGACACGGUAGUGAGACACCCUACCUAGUCACACCUGGACAUGGUAGUAACACACCCUACCUAGUCAAACAUGGACAUGGUAGUGAGACACCCUACCUUGUCAAACCUGGACACGGUAGUGAGACACCCUACCUAGUCACACCUGGACACGGUAGUGAGACACCCUACCUAGUCACACCUGGACACGGUAGUGAUAGACCCUACCUAGUCAAACCUGGACAUGGUAGUGAGACACCCUACCUAGUCACACCUGGACACGGUAGUGAGACACCCUACCUAGUCACACCUGGACACGGUAGUGAGACACCCUACCUAGUCAAACCUGGACACGGUAGUGAGACACCCUACCUAGUCACACCUCGACACGGUAGUGAGACACCCUACCUAGUCAAACCUGGACACGGUAGUGAGACACCCUACCUAGUCAAACCUGGACACGGUAGUGAGACACCCUACCUAGUCAAACCUGGACACGGUAGUGAGACACCCUACCUAGUCACACCUGGACAGGGUAGUGCGACACCCUACCUAGUCACACCUGGACACGGUAGUGAGACACCCUACCUAGUCACACAUGGACAAGGUAGUGAGACACCCUACCUAAUCACACCUGGACAAGGUAGUGAGACAUCCUACCUAGUCACACCUGGACACGGUAGUGAGACACCCUACCUAGUCACACCUGGACACGGUAGUGAGACACCCUACCUAGUCACACCUGGACACGGUAGUGAGACACCCUACCUAGUCACACCUGGACAUGGUAGUGAGACACCCUACCUAGUCACACCUGGACACCGUAGUGACAUACCCUACCUAGUCACACCUGGACACAGUAGUGAGACACCCUACCUAGUCAAACCUGGACACGGUAGCAAGACAACCUACCUAGUCACACCUGGACAAGGUAGUGAGACACCCUACCUAGUCACACCUGGUCACAGUAGUGAGACACCCUACCUAGUCACACAUGGACACGGUAGUGAUACACCCUACCUAGUCACACCUGGACACGGUAAUGAGACACCCUACCUAGUCACACCUGGACACGGUAGUGAGACAUCCUACCUAGUCAAACCUGGACAUGGUAGUGACAUAACCUACCUAGUCACACCUGAACACGGUAGUGAGACACCCUAUCUAGUCACACCUGGACACGGUUGUGAGACACCCUACCUAGUCACACCUUGA